UCCCGUCGUGAAAAACGAAACGAGGGACAUCUCCAGAAAGAGAGAGAGACGAAGGGAGAGAGAGAUGGACGGCAUCGAGCAUCGUACGGUAUCAGUGAACGGCAUAAACAUGCACCUGGCGGAGAAAGGCGCGGGCCCCACCGUUCUCCUCAUCCACGGCUUCCCCCAGCUCUGGUACACGUGGCGCCACCAGAUCCACGGCCUGGCAGCGCGCGGCUACCGAGCCGUGGCUCCAGACCUACGCGGCUUCGGCGACACCGACGCACCACCGUCCGCUGCAAGCUACACCGUCUAUCAUAUCGUAGGCGACCUCAUUGCCCUCAUCGAUCUCCUCGGCCAAGAUCAGGUGUUCGUUGUUGGGCAUGAUUGGGGCGCAAUAAUGGCAUGGUAUCUGUGCUUAUUCCGGCCAGAUCGGGUUAAGGCUCUAGUCAACCUUAGUGUUGCUUUCUCUCGGCGCACUCCCAUCAAAACCGUUGAUGUGCUGCGGUCCAUCUAUGGAGACAACUAUUACAUAUGUAGAUUCCAGGAACCUGGAGCGGCAGAAGCUGUCUUUGCUCGUGUUGGUGCUGAGAGAAUGCUCAAGAUAUUUUUUACAUAUCGGCAUCCAGGUCCGCUCAUGGUCCCGAAAGAUGGGUUUGGAGCUUGGCCUGAUAAGGAACUUAUCUUGCCUUCUUGGAUGUCAGAAGCGGAUUUUGGUUACUACACUGAAAAAUUCAACAAGAAGGGCUUUACUGGCGGAUUAAACUACUACCGAGCUUUAAAUCUGACUUGGGAGCUCACGGCUCCAUGGGUUCGUUUUCAAGUGAAAGUGCCCACUAAAUUCAUUGUGGGAGACCUGGACCUGACUUAUAACAGUCGAGGUGCCAAGGAGUAUAUACAUGGCGACGGAUUCAAGAAAGAUGUACCGUUCCUGCAGGAUGUGGUCGUGAUGAAAGGAGUGGCCCACUUUAUCAACGAGGAGAAGCCGGAUGAAAUAACAGAUCACAUUUUUUCUUUCUUCCAGAAGUUUAAUUAGCUUCUCUGUUUUUUAUGUUUUCAGUAAGCAGAUCUUAUCACCUUUAAAUAAAAGGACUGUUUUAAUGAGCUUA